AUGUCGAAAUUCAAAUGGAGUGACCUUAUCAAAUUAAAUUCAAAGGAGGAAGCGUAUAUCUCGCCAUUAGCAGUGCUUUCCCACAUUGACGCAAAUGCCUUCUUUGCACAGGUUGAAGAGGUCAGAUGUGGCUAUACCAAGGACGCUCCCGUUGUAUGUGUACAGUGGAAUUCUAUCAUCGCUGUCUCUUACGCUGCAAGAAAAUAUGGAAUAUCAAGAAUGGAUACUAUUCAGCAAGCUUUAAAAAAAUCAGACAAAAUUAUACCUAUUCAUACUGCUGUAUUCCGGAAGGGUGAAGAUUUUUGGCAGUAUCAUGAUGGUUGUGGAUCCUGGAUGGAAGACAAGGACAAACAGCUACCGAAUGAACUUUAUAAGGUAUCGCUAGACCCUUACAGGAGAGAAAGCCGAAAAAUAUUCAAGAUUUUCACACAGUUUUGUGACCUGGCAGAAAAAGCAAGUGUUGACGAGGUUUUUCUAGAUCUAGGCCGACUUUGCUUUCAAAAGUUGAUGUUCAGCAAGGAGCUUAUACCCCAUCAAAAGAACGCAGAGGAUUUGGAAAGAAUCCGAGAAAUUUUUAUCAAUGGACAAUACCAACUUGAUGCAUACUUACCACAAAUUCCGGAUAGUCUUAGAAAAAUAAAAUUCGAAGGUGAUGUUUAUAAUCCAAAUGCUAUUCCCCUAAUAGAUGACUGGGAUGAUGUUCUACUUGCGUUGGGAUCACAACUUACUCAGCUUAUCAGAGAGCAAAUCGAGAAGUCUCUUGGGUACACGACCUCAUGUGGUGUAGCGAAAACAAAAACAGUUUGUAAAUUAGCAUCAAAUUUUAAAAAGCCUAACGCUCAAACGGUAAUACUGAAUCGGUGUACCGAGACGUUUCUGGAUUGUGGGAAAUUCGAAAUAACAAGUUUUUGGUCAUUAGGAGGCUUAUUGGGAAAAGAAUUGAUCGAUGCUUUGAAUGCACCCAAUAGUGGUAGUAUUAAAUUUAUAAGGGAGAAGUGGUCAUCUUCCCCUAAUGACCUGAAACAAUAUAUUGAAGUGCAAUUGAGUUCAAAAGAUGCAAACCACAAAAGUACUGUCAUAGAGCGCUCAAAGAUCGGAUCCUUGGCUGAAAAGCUCUUUGCGUUGGUCAGAGGCGACUACUGGUCCCCCCUAACACCGCAAACAAUGGUCAAAUCUAUGAUGUCAAAUAAGAAUAUGAACGGUGACUCUUGUAAAACAUUGGUGGACUGUAUUUCUUGGCUUGAGGUAUUUUCCGGUGAGUUAUCAUCUAGACUGCAUGAGUUAGAGCAGGAAUAUGAUAAAACUGUAAUUCCAAGAACAGUCACUGUACUUGUUAGAACAAAAUCCGGCUUGACACAUAGCAAAUCAGGACCGCUUACAAAGACAGGCUCAAAAAUAGAUAGUCAAUGUCUCUUAAAAGUAGGAAGCAAAUUAAUUAUGGAACUUGGUACAAAGUUUGGAAAAGAAGUGCAAUACUAUCCACUGCAAAAUAUCAAUAUGUCCGUUUCUCAUUUUGAAGUUUUUUCAUCAAAAAAGAGUAUAGUCGAUAUGUUUGGUAAUCAGGCACAAAUUUUGGAGUCAGACGAUCCUGCAACUCGAUCUGUCUCACCAGCAAUCGUGGACCCGGGCAGGCAACCGUGCUUAUCAAGCGAGGUAAAAUUUGAAUGUCAGCCAUGUCGACUGACAUUUGCGACUGAAAAACAUCUACAAGAACAUAGAGAUUAUCACGUAGCAAUGCGACUCUCCGAGAAUAUUAACGGAGCUGACGAAAACUCACAGAAUAUCUCUAUAGGAGAGAAAAGACUUUUGCUCACAAAAAGAACUCCAUCAACGCCGGUACAGUCACACUCAAUUAAAAGGAUAAAGACCAAAGGACCGAAAGGUAUCAAGCAAACAAAAAAGAGCAAGCCUGAGUCAUCGAAUGGCAUCAUGAAGUAUUUCUCAAAACAGUAG